AUGGCUGAAGCAGCUGUUAAUGUUGAUGACACUAUUGAUGAAGAACUAAUGCAUGAAUGUGAUAGGGAUAAUCCAAAUAUGAGUGUUGGCGCACAUUACAAAGACAAAUUUAGGGCUAAUUGUUCUUCUGUUGGCUGCCCAUGGAUCAUUAGAGUUAGAACACAACAUGAUGGCAGCGUCAGGAUACAAAUCAAUGAGGGUGAGCAUAUUUGUGCAUCUACCCAAAGGGUUGUAAGCAAGAUGGCCAAUAUAGGUUGGGUGGCAGAGAGAGCAAUCCCACUUCUCAAGAAGGACCCACAAAUGGGGGCAAAACAACUCCAAGAAGAGCUGAAGUACAAGUACAAAAUUGAGAUACCAUAUCAGACAAUGUACAAUGGCAGGCAGAGAGCAGCUGAUAAGCUUUUUGGUAAGUGGGAUGAUUCAUUCGAUUGGUUGUAUGGAUUUAAAGCAGAGAUAGAGUUGAGAUCUCCUGGGAGUGUUGUAGAGAUAGAUACAAUCACUGAUCCUAAUGAUGGAAAAAUUAGAUUUAGUAGAUUUUUCUGUGCAUUCAAAGCUAGUAUAGAUGGCUUUGUGAAUGGCUGUAGGCCUUACCUGAGUGUAGAUUCCACUGCACUGAAUGGGAUGUGGAAUGGCCAUAUGCCUGCAGCCUUAGGUCUGGAUGGACACAACUGGAUGUUUCCUGUGGCAUUUGGAUUAUUUGACUCAGAGACAAAGGAAAACUAG